AUUGUAGAGGUUUAGCUUCAAGUAAAAAUAUCUAAAUGUGAACUAAAAGACCGAUGCUGGACAAACCAGAAGUAUGUUACGUAUAGUUCAUUGAUGGAACUACGAUACCAGGGUAAAAUAUAGCGUUAUGUAUGGUGGUGUCAUUGCCAUGCUUUUAUAAGACGGAUGGCGGAAAUGCCAUAACAUAUGUAAAAUGGGCGUCACGUAUUCCAUUACCAAUGGCAUCGAUACAGGCAUGGGCGCUUAUGAAAACAAAAAUCAUGUAAACAAGGAGACAUCUUACAGCGUUGUCCAAUCAACAAGAAGGUUACCUCAACCACAGACUGCUCCGAGGAUUUCGAGGUUUAUGGCUCGGUGCAACAAUAUCGCAAAGCACAUGAUUUGUACAAACGAUUCUAUGGCCUCAGAUGUACGUUAUAAGGCAUGGACAGAAUCAGAUACAAUAAGCGACGGUACUAUGGAAAUAAUACCAUCGCUACCUGAGAAACUGGACAUUUCAAAUUUUGAUAUAGGACCAAUAGUAGGAACUGGGUCAUAUGCUACAGUGUGCAUUGCGACUCUCAAUACUGGUCCGAAGUCUCAGCGUGCAACCUUCGCACUAAAGAUUUUGCAUAAAACAAAAGUCAUCGCUGAACGACAGGUAAUGCAUCUACGUAAUGAGAGACACAUUUUGUCAACCGUCAGACAUCCUUUCAUAGUAAAUUAUGUGAAGAGUUUUCAAGACGAUAUAAAUGUCUAUAUAUUGUUAGAAUAUGUUUCUGGAGGAGAAUUAUUCAGUUACAUAUAUAAAUAUGGAGCCCUAGGGCACACCGUUGCUCGAUUCUAUACUGCACAAGCGAUAUUAGCUAUUGAUUUUUUACACUUCAAGGGUAUAGUGUAUCGUGAUUUAAAGCCUGAAAAUAUGCUACUUGAUCAGGACGGCCAUAUACGUCUAGUUGACUUUGGAUUUGCCAAGGAGGUAAAGCACAAAACAUACACGGUAUGUGGUACUCAUGACUAUCUUGCUCCUGAAAUAUUCCUACGUUGUGGACACGGUAUAGAAGCAGAUUGGUGGUCACUAGGUGUAUUAGUAUACGAAAUUUUGACGGGUGUUCCUCCAUUUCAUGCUUCCGACCCUAGUGCAACUUAUGACUUAGCGUUGGCGAACCACAUUCGGUUUCCGCUGUCUGUGAGGGUUGAGGUCAAGGACUUCAUACGUCGUUUGCUAGUGGUGAACCCGCGAAAGCGUCUUGGUGGUAGUAACAGCUCCGAGCUGUACUCCCACAGGUUCUUCGCGGGUAUGGAUUGGAUGAAAUUGCUCAGUAAGCAGUUGAAGCCUCCUAUAGUACCACGUGUAUCUGGUUUAUCAGACACUACUAACUAUAUGCAGUAUCCAGAUGACUGGCGUGCGCAUGAUGCGCGUAUAACGAGGUCACAACAAGAUGAAUACUUUAGCGACUUUUAGUGU